CUCCGCUGUGAGCGGAGUUUUUUUCCUGUGGAAGAUGGACAUGCCAACGCCAGUGUCGCCAUGCCUCUCAGGCCCCAGAUGGACCCUGGGAAGGAAAAGGAAAGUCGGCCGCAGCCCUCAGAGCCGCCCACCAGGAAGAAAUUUGUUAUCCCACUGGAGGAAGACGAGGUCCCUCCUGCAGGGGCCAAGCCCUUAUUCAGGUCUUCCAGGAACUCCAGCAACACGGCACCCUCAGCCCCAGGGGCCCCUCAGACCUACGCCGAGUAUGCCAUCGCCCAGCCUCCAGGAGGGGUCGGGGCCGCAGGACCCACAGGCUCCGAGCCUGUGACGGGAGAGAACCCCAGCCAUACCCUGAAACCAGGAGCAAAAUCCAACAGCAUCAUCGUGAGCCCGCGGCAGAGGGGCAACCCUGUGUUGAAGUUCGUGCGCAAUGUGCCAUGGGAAUUUGGUGAGGUGGUCCCCGACUACGUGCUGGGCCAGAGCACCUGUGCCCUUUUCCUCAGCCUCCGCUACCACAACCUCCAUCCAGACUAUAUCCACGAACGGCUGCAGAGCCUGGGGAAGAGCUUCGCCCUGCGCGUGCUGCUGGUCCAGGUGGAUGUGAAAGAUCCCCAGCAGGCCCUUAAGGAGCUGGCUAAGAUGUGCAUCUUGGCUGACUGCACCCUGGUCCUGGCCUGGAGCGCAGAGGAAGCCGGGCGGUAUCUGGAGACCUACAAGGCAUAUGAACAGAAGCCGGCUGAUCUCCUCAUGGAGAAGCUGGAACAGAACUUCCUGUCCCGGGCCACUGAGUGUCUAACCACCGUGAAGUCAGUCAACAAGACGGACAGCCAGACCCUCCUGGCUACAUUUGGAUCCCUCAAACAGCUCAUCACCGCAUCAAGGGAGGAUCUAGCCCUGUGUCCGGGCCUGGGCCCCCAGAAGGCCCGCAGGCUCUUUGACGUCCUACAUGAACCCUUCCUCAGAGUGCCCCGAUGACCCGCCGCUGCUACCACCAUAGCCCCGUGUCACAAUAAAGUGUUUUCCUUGCCCAGGCUCCUGCUGG